AUUUAAUGUGAGUCAUUCGAAAAUAUCUCUGAAUAUAAUCUCUCAAUGCGCCUCUGCAGGUCCUUCAACCCCUGCAUCUCAUCCCAUACAAUACUACUACAAUUCCAACCCCGAUAUCAGCUCCAACUGCCACUCAGCUUCCCACGACUUUACCACCACCACCACCACCACCACCACCAUAAAACCAUGUCCAACCCACGACCAAACCCAAAUCCAAAGAAAGAAAAACGCCCUCCACUCACCCACUUCCUCUGCCUCCCCCUCAUCAACGCCAUCUCCCUCCCACAACUCGAAUCCUCCCUCGCAACCUUUAAAGCCUCAAUCCCAACUUUCCAACCUCCACAAGACCAACACCAGCACCAACAUGAACACCACCAACACCAACCCCAACCCCUCAUCCCCCCCUCCGCCCACCGCCCCGUCGGCACUCUCCACCUCACCCUCGGCGUAAUGAGCCUCCCCACUCCCGACCGUCUCUCCCAAGCAAUCCGCUUCCUGCACUCCCUCGACCUAGAAGCCAUGCUUCGCGAAACCCCACAAUCAGAAGCAGCACCAGCACCAGCAGCACCAGAAGCAACCGCAUCUCCCUUCCUCAUAUCCCUAGAAUCCCUACACGCUAUUCCCCGCGCCAAGGCAGCAACGGUUCUGCAUGCCGCGCCGGUGGAUCCUACGAACCGCCUGUAUCCGUUUUGUGUGAGGUUGAGGGAUAGGUUUCUGGAGGAAGGGUUUUUGGUAGGGGAUAAGCCAGCGCCGGCGCCCGUGCCGGCGGAGGGCGGAGGGGAAGGAAGUGGUGGGGUGGAUAUAGGUGGUGAGGAGCAGCAGAGGCAGAUGGAUUUAGCUGAGGAUAGUGCAAGGGAGGGUGGGAUGAUGGUGCCUGCGCCGACAUCUGCAACUUCAGCUGCGCCUGUGGAAUCUAAGCCCAAGGUACGGCCAUUGUUACUGCAUGCUACAAUUGUGAACACUAUCUAUGCGAAGGGGAAAGGUGGUGGUCAUGGUGGUCGGGGAGACAGAGGUGGUAGGGGAGGGGAUGGCAAGGGCGAUAAGAGGAAGAGGCAGUAUACCUUUGAUGCGAGAGAGAUUCUUGCUAGGUAUCGUGAUUAUACGUCUCCUGGGGAGAGUGUCGAGAGUACUGAGACUGUUCCUGAUGCCGCAGUUCCUGAUAAUGAAGGCUCAGGGUCAGAGGGUGAGGGUAGUCUUUCCAAACGGAAAGGCACACCCUUCGUCUGGGCGAGGGACUUCCCCAUCGAGUCGGUAUGUAUCUGUGAAAUGGGGGCCAAGAAGCUCGUACCCGACCUCAAUGGCAAGGACGAGGGCAUGAAUGCACGACUAGGGGAGAAAUAUCGCGUCGUAGCGGAGAAGAGUCUGCUGUUCGGUCCGUGAUAUCUUUAAUAUCAAGUUGGCUAAAAGAGCAGCAGCAGCAUGUACAUACAUAGUCUACAACCAGGGUGUAACG